AUGGCGGAUGCAGCUCCACGCCCAAUCGUUGUGCGCAACAUCUGCUGUGUCGGCGCUGGCUACGUCGGCGGCCCCACCGCCUCGGUGAUUGCCUUCCAGAAUCCCCACAUCCGUGUCACCGUCGUCGAUCGAGAUGCCGGCCGCAUUCGCCGGUGGAACAGCCGGCACCCCCCGAUUUAUGAGCCUGGCCUCGAAGACAUCGUCCGCGUUGCCCGGGACGGCACCCACGAGACUACGUUUCUAAAUGAACCGGCCAAGUGUGCCACCAACUUCCUAGACGGUGCAGACGCCGCUUCGCUGGCAUCGACAUCCUCUUCCGAAUGCGGCAGCCAGUGCCAGUGCGGUGACCAUCGAGACAGCCUGGUCUCGGUGCCAGCCCGGAAGCCAAAUCUUGUCUUCAGCACCGACGUGGCUGCGUCUAUUGCUGCAGCAGAUAUUGUGCUGAUCGCCGUCAACACCCCGACCAAAUCAAGAGGGGCAGGGGCAGGGAGCGCCACGGAUAUGACUGCCUUCGAAGCCGUGACCGCGGUUGUAGCGCAGCACGCGCGGCCGGGUGCUAUCAUCGUGGAGAAGAGCACGGUGCCCUGCCGCACAGCACACCUCGUGCAGGAGACGAUGGCCAUCCAUCGGCCAGGUGUGUCAUUCGAGGUGUUGUCCAACCCCGAGUUCCUCGCGGCAGGUACUGCAAUGAAUGAUCUCAUGCACCCAGACCGUGUUCUCAUAGGAUCUUCCAUGACCGUCGCCGGCAAAAAGGCCGCUGAAGCGCUCGCAGGGGUAUAUGCUUCGUGGGUGCCUCGCUCCCACAUUAAGAGCAUUAAUGUCUGGUCCUCAGAACUCGCGAAACUCGUCGCUAACAGCAUGUUGGCGCAACGCAUCUCAUCCAUCAAUUCCAUAGCUGCUAUUUGUGAGAAGACGGGUGCUGAUGUUGAUGAGGUUGCCGCUUCCAUAGGGUGUGAUCCACGCAUUGGGGACAAGUUUCUCAAGGCAGGUAUUGGCUUCGGCGGGUCGUGUUUCAAAAAAGAUGUUCUGUCACUUGUAUACUUGGCUCAGUCACUGGGCUUGGAUGAAGUGGCUGAUUUCUGGAAACAAGUCAUCGUGAUGAACGAGUACAGCCGAGAUCGUUUCGCGAGGCGUGUAAUCAGGUGUCUGAACAACACCCUCGCAGGUAAAAAGAUCGCUGUCCUAGGGUAUGCGUUCAAAAAGAACACCAGCGAUACAAGAGAGUCCCCGGCACUAGAGAUCAUCAAAACGCUAUUGGAGGAAGGCCCUCGCGAGGUGGCGGUAUUUGACCCUUGCUGCAAUCCCGUCUUGAUGCGUGAGGAAUUGUGCGCAAUUCUCAAGGAUGUCAACGAUGGCAGGCUUCUGGUUGAGAAUGGGGGUCCAUUGGCCAUCUGCACAACUGCUUAUGAGGCUUGUGAUGAUGCAAAUGCGGUCCUCAUAACCACAGAGUUCGACGAGUUCAAAAAUACCCAGUCCAACGUUCUCGGACCUGAAGGGCUGGCGGGCGGGCCGCUGCAGGCAGGUCAUCUGCCAAAAGUGUCGCUUGAUCCACGACCAUUUGAGAGACUAGAGCCCACGGAGUCUGACCUCCUCAGACUGCACAAGUAUCUCGUAAGCUCAGUCAUGAUAGGCUCGGAUACUGUUGGCGCAAGCAACCCAUUACAGCGCUACAAGUCAGAACCUCUUUGUGGCGAAGACUGUCCUGAUUGCCAGACCGAGAAGAGUGGAUACAACCCGAACAGUGAGUAUCAUCCCAAGGAGAGGCUUGACUGGGCAAAGGUCAGCUACCACAUGCAAAAGCCGAAGUGGCUUUUUGACGGAAAAGGAAUUAUCGAUGCCCGCGAGAUGAGCAAGCUUGGGCUCCGCGUUGAAGCUGUCGGGCGUUAG